AUGGAGAGAAAAAGAAACAAGUAUUACAUUGUAAAUAUACCAAGGAAAAAAAUUCCAAAAACGAUUGAUAACGAUAUACCGGUUAUUGACAAAUCUUUUGGGUUUGACACUGCUGUGGAGGAAGCUCAACGAGCAAUCAACGUAGCUAAUGUUGAAGCAGAGAGUAAUAAGAAUGGUAUCGAUUUUGUUAAGCUUAUGGGUCGUUACAGUGGAUUCAUAGUGAUGUAUGCUACAUUAGCCAGUAGAGAUGUUGAUUGCUGCCUGAUUCCCGAGUCACCAUUUAACCUCGAAGGAGAAGGUGGACUCUUGGAGUUCAUAGAGAGACGGCUCAAGGAACAUGGUCACAUGUUGAUUGUUCUUGCUGAAGGAGCAGGACAAGAUUUGAUGUCCAAAAGCAUGGAAUCUAAUACUCUCAAGGACGCGUCUGGUAAUAAACUUCUUAAAGAUGUCGGCUUCUGGUUAUCACAAAGCAUCAAGGAUCAUUUUAAGAAGACUCAGAUGGUGAUGAAUCUCAAAUGCAUUGAUCCAGCAUACAUGAUCCGGGCUGUUCCAAGCAAUGCAUCAGACAAUGUCUACUGUACACUUCUUGCUCAAAGUGUGGUUCAUGGCGCAAUGGCUGGUUACACUGGCUACACCAGUGGUCUUGUCAAUGGAAGACAAACAUACAUCCCUUACUACAGAAUAACAGAGAAACAGAACAAUGUGGUGAUUAUGUUCCGGAAAGCACGUAGCCAUCAUAUCUCUGAACUGGAAAAAACAUUAGAGAAAAUGAAGAACGAACUUAACGAUGAAAAUGGUGAUGAUGACGAGGAUGAGAAAGAUGAUGCAGAGGAUGAUGAGAGUGAUUGGGAUGAAGCUGAUGGUGAAAUCCCUAGCAAGGAAUAUUCAUCAUCGAUUAUUCAUUAUGGUCAUCUUCUAUUGAUAAAGUUUGAUGUUUCUAUCUUG